AUGGGGAACGCGCUGAAGAAGAUGUUCGACCGGUUGUUCGGCAACCGGGAGAUGCGGGUCGUGAUGCUCGGCCUUGACGCGGCGGGGAAGACCACGAUCCUGUACAAGCUACACAUCGGAGAGGUGUUGAGCACAGUGCCCACCAUUGGGUUCAACGUCGAGAAGGUGCAGUACAAGAACGUGGUAUUCACGGUGUGGGACGUGGGUGGCCAGGAGAAGCUGCGGCCGCUUUGGAGGCACUACUUCAACAACACGGACGCGCUGAUCUUUGUGGUGGACUCCCAGGACAGGGACAGGAUAGACAAGGCGGCCACGGAGUUCAAGAACAUUAUCGAUGAUCCGUUGAUGAGGAACAGUGCCAUCCUGGUGUACGCAAACAAGCAAGACAUGAAGGGCUGCCUGACAACAGCUGACGUAUGUGAGGCCCUUGGAUUACCUGAGCUGCGAGGCCGCAGGUGGCACGUUCAGGCUUCGAUUGCAAUCAGGGGAGAGGGUCUGUAUGAGGGAUUGGAUUGGCUGUCCAACACGCUGAAGAGUCUCAAGCGCGCCGGGGAAGCAACGAGUGUGGGGUGA